GUCAGACAGAGAGCGCUCAAGCUCUGAACGAUCAUGGGAGCUGCAGAGAUUUGCCCCAUACAAGUAUGUCCUGUACCUUGCUCCUCCCUGCUGAACGCUGCUCCUGCGCUCUGACAGCCUCCAACUCUGCCGGGACCUCGCCAGAAGCCCAAAUAUGGCUCCUGGGAGCUUCUGAGACAGAGCCACCCUGCCCGAGCCAAAUCACUGCAAGUCCACUGGAUGACAACCACCUAGAUGUUAGUUGGACAGCCCCGGUCGAUCGAUCAGCGAGCGGCUUUGCCGUGGAGUGGUUUGCUGUCAGAGAGAAGAACAGCAGCAUCCUGCACUGGCAAACCUUGAAUAGUUCCCGUACGACGCUUGUCAUCACAGAGGGAGUAAAGCCGAUGGAGCGUUAUGCCGUCUCUGUCAAGGCGCUGUAUGACGGGCGAGGGGCAGGGAAGAACAGGACGCUUCACAUUUACACACGCCAAGGAGCGCCAUCAGCUGGUCCUAAUCUGCAGGUGCAACAGAUCUCCGGCGGGACAGUGGAGCUCAGCUGGAGUCCCAUGCCUGUGGAACUGCUCCAUGGUUUCAUCCACAACUACACACUCCACUACACCACCGCAAACCAACCAGCCAGGAGCGUGUUUGUGCCUGGUCAUGUUCACCGUUACUCUCUGGAGAACCUGUCGCCUGGUAACUACGACAUCUUCAUGCAGGCCAACACUGACGCCGGCGCCGGAGCAGCUGGGCCCGUAGCUAAUGUGCACAUUGACUCUGAGGAAAUCUCGACAGUGAUGUAUCCCGUCCUUCCUCUCAUGCUGACUUCAGUGGCACUUGCACUGAUGGCCUGCCUGGCUCAGAAUAAGAUGGUGAAACGGAAGCUGCGUCAGUUCGUUCCUGACCCUUCCAACAGCAGUCUGGCCCACUGGAACCCAACAACCACCUUUGAGAGUACGAAGCCGCCUUCAGUACUAGAGACGCCUGAAAUGAAAUGCUAUGAAGUUAUACUGCUUGGUGAAAGUGAACUGCAGAAGCCCAGCCUGGAUCAGGUCACCAGUCAUCAGAGCGUCUGUAACCUCCGAACAUAUUCUUCCCACCGGUACCCUCCACCUCCAGUUUCAGGGUCUCAGACACCCCAAAAUACCAGAAUAUCAGAAAAGAAGUUCAACAGGAGCCCAGUCAGAGCCAAGACGAAUUCCAACACUGACCUCUCCAUCUACUCCAGCGUCGUCCUCUCUCAGACUCUCAGAAAUCCUCCUGCACCCAUCUUGCCCCCUUCUUAUCGCCAGUCCGACAAGUGGCAGCACGGCAGCUGUCAGCGUUAGUGAGGUUAAGCUGCAGCUAGGUGGAGACAGUGAACCACCUGAGGGCAGGAGGGCAGGAGUACCACAAGAUCGGAUUCUCCUCUUUCUCCAGCAGGUGAACUGAAAAGCUUCCGUCUUUUUCUGGAACAGCAUCGAAGCCCCGCUUCCUUCUCUGACUUCAGCAGUAGCUCUCAAUCCCCUGUCUUACUUUCUCACCCAGCUGAGGUCACUUCACCCAAACACCGUUUUCCCUAAAGCAACUUUAACUCGGUCUCGUCACCCCAGGCUGGCACCUUCCCUCAGCCCAAUGCUCCUUCUGACAAUUUAACAUCUUUUCUUCUGCCUGUUUUUGUGGAUUUCCUUUACUGUCCUGUGGAGUGUGACCAUUACAUCUCGAGUGCUGUUUAGUUUCAUGCAAGGGAUACGCUUACUUGAAUUUUUCUACAGUGUCUUUAAAAAAAAAUAUGCACACCACCUUUGACUUAUGAAAAUGGAUUGUUUAUCAGGAACAGAUUUUGCAUUUUAUAUUUUUAAUUAUUUUAGAUCAGUCUGAUUUGUUUUUCGCUAAGAUUUUUUUUAAAUUCUCUGUAUAAACAGAAUUAAAGGCACUGUUUGAUAUUUUUGGAAAUACACUUGAUUGCUGUCUUGUUAAGAUGAGAAGAACGAUACCACUUUCAUGGCUCUACGGUGAAUAUCAACCGCCAGUUAGCUUAGCUUAGCAUGAAGACUGGAAACAGGGCAAAACAGCUAGCUUGGCUCUGCU